UGGAGAGCCUGCACUUCCUGCAGGAAGUUGUUCAUGUUGCAUCUUUUCAGCAGCUUGACCGCCACGUGAUCCGAUGUGUUCAGGUUGAGGCACUUGGCCACGAUUCCGAAGCGUCCCUCUCCGACAAUGCUCAAAGGCUGGUAGCUGGAGUUCUUGCUGGAGAAGACCUCGUGGCAAACAGGAUGCGGGCAGUCGCACUCCAGAGGUAGCGCUGACAUGUUGGCGUCCGUAAACUCAACGAUGAUGACGACGCCGACCGCGGCCAGCAAGAGCGCGGCGCGCGCAACCCCUUUGUCUACGAUGCGCAACAUCUUUCAUCUGCGACAACGGCGGCCGUUGGCUUUGAGGACUCAAGCCGUGAUGUCACAGAUGGUGCGUGUGGCGUGAUGACAUCAUCGCUAGGGGUGGCUCAGUGCUGCUACGUGGCUUAUGUGUACUAAUACUACUACUACUACUACUACUACUACUACCACCGCUUAGGUGUCGGAGGAUUCAGUCCAGGUAGAGGAAGGCAAAACAUAAAACUACCUAGCUUUUGUUGACGCUAACAGUUGAAGUACUUUUGGGUAAUUCCACCAUAAAUAAAUAUAUAGUAUAUAUACGUACCACAUACAUGGCAUUGUCCAGUAUGAGCUAAUUAUCACUGGUGACAGUGGACGUUAUCGUGUACCGAUGUCUGUAACACGCUACUUCACUACUACGGCACAGGAAGCUAAACAGCUAGUCAACAAGCGCCGCCGGUGCUCACUCAGGAAAACACUGCACCCUGACGCUUUGGAAGUCCGGAGCUCAGCCCUCGGCCUGAAAGGAAAAGUGCACUUUGGGGAAUUCUGCCCAUCACGUUGCAACCUCACGUGUUUCCAGUUGAGGGAUGACAGUGAUGUCAUCGUUUAGAAGAAGAAAAACCGUGCAGGGAUUGGGAAGAAAAUGCGCUCCCAGCUGUUGUGGUCCUCCUUUAGAAGGCGGCUUAGGAAAGCAAACAGCCUCCAUUGCAGCUCCGAGCCGACACAGAGCGCUCGGACUUCUGAACUAAUCGCCGCGUUUUAAAAAGUCAUUCUCACUGUCUGCUGGGCAUUCCGACCCUAAGUCGUUGGAGUCGUUAGAGCGGACCACUCAAUGAGACCUUUGGCGGACCUCCGUCAUUGUUGGUUAAGCACUGUUCACUGACCUUCUCAUCCAGAGCAGACGACAUGGUCCAUCUCACGGCUGUGCGGAGAAAACCCCAUGGUGGUCCUGAAAGUGGAGAUCCAUCAAACAGAGUGCAGCUGGUUCCAGCACAACCAUCACAUCAUCAAACAUCUCUGACAUGCUCCUCAUCAUGGAACACGACUAUGACGAUAAUAAUAAUAGCGUUUGGAAGUAAACGUGCAGACGGGAUCUUCUGCGCGGUGGAGUAGCGUAGGAACAGGAGGACACGACGGCAUGUUCAGACAGUUGUCUUUGGGAGGAUUAAAGCAAUCACCAGCAUGCGUGAUGAGGAAUAACUGCUAUGAAUGCGCCGGGCCUCAGUCUGGCCCCCGACACACCCAAACACCCUAAUCCCCUGUGAUCCCACUAAAUGAGGCCGGUCUUGUUGGGGCCCCCAAAGCCUGUAAGCUGGUCAUUGGUUUUUAAUGCCGGGUCCAAAGGGUUAACGUGUGUAGAAGGGCCCCAAGAUGGCUAAACAUAGAAGAACACAUAGUCGGGCCCCAAAUAGAGCAGAUGCAACGUGAAGGAGGUAUAAAAGCUGCUGGGGUCUGGUGGGGGGGCCACGUUGGGGUCUCACGACUACCCUCAGCUUCUCACCGCCGACUUUCCUUCCGUCAAACCUCCGCACGUCUCCUGAAGAGCAGCGGCGCUCAGGUGAGUGUGACACCACUCAGCCCGGCCAUCACGCUGAGGGACACCCAGGAGACCACAGAACAUGAGUGACGCCGACAUGGAAGUGUUCGGGGCGGCCGCCGCCUACCUGCGCAAAACAGAACGCGAACGAAUCGCCGCCCAGAAUGUGCCCUUUGAUGCCAAAGUGGCCGUCUUUGUGCCCGACCCCAAGCACGAGUACGUCAAGGGCAAGAUCAAGAGCCAAGAUGGAAGCAUGGUCACCGUGGAGAAGGACGGCGGCAAGGUGGUCACGCUGCACCAGGAUGACCUUCGCCCCAUGAACCCACCAAAGUUUGACAAGAUAGAAGACAUGGCUCUGCUGACGCACCUCCAUGAACCCGCCGUGCUCUUCAACCUGAAGGAACGCUACGCCUCCUGGAUGAUCUACACGUACUCGGGUCUCUUCUGCGUGACGGUCAAUCCUUACAAGUGGCUUCCUGUCUACAACCCGGAGGUGGUGGCCGCCUACCGUGGCAGGAAGCGCCAGGAGGCCCCCCCGCACAUCUUCUCCAUCUCUGACAACGCUUACCAGUACAUGCUCACAGAUCGAGAGAAUCAAUCUAUCCUGAUCACUGGAGAAUCCGGCGCGGGCAAGACAGUCAACACCAAGCGAGUGAUCCAGUACUUUGCAACAAUUGCAUCGGUCGGAGACUCCAGGAAGAAGGAGCAGCUUCCUGGCAACGUGCAGGGAACACUGGAGGAUCAAAUCAUCCAGGCCAACCCUCUGCUGGAAGCUUUUGGGAAUGCCAAGACCGUGAGGAAUGACAACUCUUCUCGAUUCGGGAAAUUCAUUCGCAUCCACUUUGGAACGAAGGGCAAGUUGGCAUCGGCCGAUAUGGAAACCUACCUGCUGGAAAAAUCCAGGGUGACCUUCCAGCUGCCAGCUGAGAGGAGCUACCACAUCUUCUACCAGAUCCUGUCAAACAAGAAGCCGGAUCUCAAGGAGAUGCUGCUGAUCACCUCCGACCCCUACGACUAUCCCUUCAUCAGCCAGGGCCAGAUCACCGUGCUGGGCAUCGACGACUCGGAGGAGAUGAUGGCCACCGAUAGCGCCAUCGGCAUCCUGGGCUUCAACCUGGAGGAGAAACUGGGCAUCUACAAGCUGACUGGAGCUGUGAUGCACAACGGGAACAUGAAGUUCAAGCAGAAGCAGCGUGAGGAACAAGCAGAACCUGACGGCACCGAGGUGGCCGACAAAGUGGCCUACCUGAUGGGGCUGAACUCCGCCGACCUGCUGAAAGCGCUGUGUCACCCUCGGGUGAAAGUCGGGAAUGAGUACGUGACCAAAGGCCAGACGCCCCAGCAGGUGAACAACGCUACGGGCGCCCUGUCCAAGGCCGUGUAUGAGAAGCUGUUCCUGUGGAUGGUCACCAGGACCAACCAGCAGCUGGACACCAAACUCCCGAGGCAGCAUUUCAUAGGUGUCCUGGAUAUUGCCGGGUUUGAGAUGUUUGAGAUGAACAGUCUGGAGCAGCUGUGCAUCAACUUCACCAACGAGAAGCUGCAGCAGUUCUUCAACCACCACAUGUUUGUGCUGGAGCAAGAAGAGUACAAGAAGGAAGGGAUGGACUGGGAGUUCAUCGACUUCGGCAUGGACCUGGCAGCCUGCAUCCAGCUGAUUGAGAAGCCGCUGGGUGUCUUCUCCAUCCUGGAAGAGGAGUGUAUGUUUCCAAAGGCGACGGACGUGUCCUUCAAGAACAAACUCUACGACCAGCAUCUGAGCAAGAACAGCAUCUUCCAGAAGCCCAAACCUUCCAAAGGAAAGACGGAGGCUCACUUCUCCUUGGUCCACUACGCCGGCACGGUGGACUACAACAUCAGCGGCUGGCUGGAGAAGAACAAGGACCCUCUGAACGACAACGUGGUGCAGCUGUACCAGAAGGCAUCCCUCAGGUUGCUCUCCCAGCUCUUUGCAACGUACGCCUCGGCUGAAGGAGAUGGAGUCAAGAGAAGCUACAAGAGAAAGGCUUCAUCCUUCCAGACGGUCUCCGCACUUUUUAGGGAGAACCUCAACAAGCUGAUGGCCAACCUCAGGUCCACGCACCCUCACUUUGUCAGGUGCAUCAUCCCCAAUGAGACCAAGACUCCAGGGUCGAUGGACCACCGUCUGGUUCUGCAUCAACUGCGCUGCAACGGUGUCCUAGAAGGUAUCAGGAUCUGCAGGAAGGGAUUCCCCAGCAGGAUCCUCUACGGAGACUUUAGGCAGAGGUACAGGAUCCUGAACGCCAGCGCCAUCCCAGAGGGACAGUUCAUGGACAGCAAGAAAGCGUCAGAGAAACUGCUGUCCUCCAUGGACGUGGACCACGCCCAGUACAGACUUGGCCACACCAAGGUCUUCUUCAAGGCUGGCCUUCUGGGUCUUCUGGAGGAGAUGCGAGACCAGCGUUUGGCGGUGCUGAUGACUCGGAUCCAGGCUGUCGCCAGAGGUUACGUCAUCAGGCUGAAGCUGAAGGAGAUGACAAAGAAAAGAGAUUCCAUUUUCAUCCUCCAGUCCAACAUCCGCUCCUUCAUGAGCGUGAAGAACUGGCCUUGGAUGAGGCUCUUCUUCAAGAUCAAGCCCCUGCUGCGCUGUGCGGAGGCGGAGAAAGAGAUGCAGACCAUGAAAGAGGAGGUCUCGGGCCUAAAGGAGGAGCUGGGGAGGUCGGAGGCGCGCAGGAAGGAGCUGGAGGAGAAAACAGUGGUGCUCAUCCAGGAGAAGAACGAUCUUCACCUUCAAAUUCAAGCAGAGCGAGAGAACCUGUGCGAUGCCGAGGAAAGGUGUGAAGGUCUGAUAAAGAGCAAGAUCGACCUGGAGGCCAAAAUCAAAGAAGCGUCUGAGAGGAUGGAAGAGGAAGAGGAGAUCAACGCUGACCUCGCCUCGAAGAAGCGGAAGCUGGAGGAUGAAUGUUCGGAGCUCAAACACGACAUUGAAGAUCUGGAGCUGAUGGUGGGCAAAGUGGAGAAGGAGAAACAUGCCAGUGAAACCAAGGUCAAGAACCUGGUAGAGGAGGUUACCACUCUGGAGGAGAACCUGAUGAAAUUCUCCAAGGAGAACAAAUCAUUGCAGGAGGUCCACCAGCAGAUGCGUGAUGACCUGCAGGCUGAGGAGGACAAAGUAAAGGCUCUGAUGAAGAGCGAGACGAAGCUGGAGCAGCAGGUUGAUGAUCUGGAGGGCUCACUGCAGCAGGAGAAGCAGCUGCGAGCUGAGAUGGAAAGAUCUAGGAGAAAGCUGGAGGGAGACAUGAAGCUGUCUCAGGAGACCAUCGUGGACUUGGAGAAUGAGAGGCAGCAGAUGGAGGCCAAACUUGUCAAAAAAGAACUAGAGUCCAUCAACCUUCAGUCCAAAAUGGAGGAUGAGCAAGUCCUCACCGCUCAGCUCCAAAAACAAUCCAAAGAACUUCAGGCUCGUAUCGAGGAACUGGAAGAGCAAGUGGAAGCAGAGCGCUCCACCAGAGCCAAAGUGGAGAAGCAGAGGUCCCAGCUCUGGAGGGACCUGGAGGAACUCGGCGAGAGGCUGGAGGAGGCCGGAGGAGCCACCGCCGCUCAGGUAGAAAUGAACAAGAAGCGUGAGGCUGAGUUUCAGAAGCUGCGUCGCGACCUGGAGGAGACCACCCUCCAACAUGAAUCCAUCACCGCGGCGCUGCGUAAGAAACAGGCCGACAGCGUUGGAGAACUCGGCGACCAGAUGGACCAUCUGCAACGAGUCAAGCAGAAAGUUGAAAAAGAGAAACUGGAGCUGAAGAUGGCGUUGGAGGACAUGGCGAGCCACGUGGAGAACGUUGUGAAGAGCAAGUCCCACCUGGAGAAGACCUGCCGGAACCUGGAAGAUCAGGCAAGCGAGUACAAGACCAAAGCCGAGGAAGCCCAGCAAGCGCUGAAGGACCUCACCUCAGUCAACACGCGGCUGCAGAUGGAGAACGGUGAACUUUCCCGUGUGCUGCAAGAGAAGGAAGGAGCUCUCAGCCAGAUGAGCAGGACCAGGUCCGCCAGCAGUCAACAGAUUGAAGAACUGAAGAGACGUCUGGAUGGAGAAGCUAAGGCAAGAAGUACCCUGGUCCACAGCCUGCAGUCUUCCCGUCAUGACUGCCAGCUGCUGAGGGAGCAGUACGAGGAGGAGCAGGAGGCCAAGGCCGAGCUCCAGCGCUGCCUCUCCAAGGCCAACAGCGAGGUGGUCCAGUGGAGAACCAAAUACGAGACGGACGCCAUCCAGCGCACAGAGGAACUUGAGGAGGCAAAGAGGAGGCUGGCCCAGCGGCUGCAGGAGUCUGAGGAGUUGACAGAAGCAGCAAAUGUCAAAAGUGCAUCACUUGACAAGAGCAAGCAAAAGUUGCAGGCUGAGGUGGAGGACCUCACGGUGGAGCUCCAAAGGUCAAAUGCGGCCAGUGCCACCUUGGACAAGAAACAGAGAAACCUCGACCAGGUCCUGUCUGAAUGGAAGCAGAAAUACGAGGAGAGCCAGGCGGACGUGGAAAGGUCUCAGAGGGAGUCCAGAGCUCUGAGCACCGAACUCUUCCAACUGAAGAGUUCCUACGAGGAGGCUUUGGAUCUCCUGGAGAGCAUGAAGAGAGAAAAUAAAAAGCUUCAGCAGGAGAUGUUGGACAUCAGCGAGAACAUUGGGCAGUCGGCUAAAAUGAUCCACCAGCUGGACAAAGUGGCGAAGCAAGCGGAGCAGGAGAAGGAAGACACUCGGGCGGCUCUUGAGGAGGUUGAGUCUUCUCUAGAACAUGAGGAGGCCAAAAUCCUGCUCCUCCAACUGGAGCUGAACCAGACCAAGUCCGAAGCGGACAGAAAGGUGGCUGAGAAAGAAGAAGAGAUUGAGCAGCUGAAGAGGAACCACCAGAGAACCGUGGACGCUCUGCAGAGCACGCUGGAGGCUGAGACACGCAGUCGGAACGAUGCGGUUCGGGUGAAGAAGAAGAUGGAGGGGGAGAUGAACCAGAUGGAGAUCCAGCUCAGCCAUGCCAACCACCAGGCAUCUGACGCCACAAAGCAGCUGAGGAACCUGCAAACCCAGUUGAAGGACUCUCAGGUCCGCCUGGACGAGGAGCUCCACAAUCAGGAAGACUCAAAAGAGCAGCUGGCCAUCGCCGAGCGACGCCACAGUCUGAUGAUGGUGGAGAUGGAGGAGGUGAAGACGGCCCUGGAGCAGUCGGAGCGUAGCCGCAAGCUGGCCGAGCAGGAAGUGAUGGAAGUUAGCGAGAGGACUCAGCUUCUGCAGUCUCAGAACACUGGACUACUGAACGCUAAAAAAAAGACGGAGAAGGAGUUGGCUCGGCUGCAGUCUGAGAUGGAGGACAUGGUCCAGGAGGCCAGGAGCGCUGAGGAGAAGGCCACCAAAGCCAUCACAGAUGCCGCCAUGAUGGCCGAGGAGCUGAAGAAGGAGCAAGACACGAGCGCUCACUUGGAGAGGAUGAAGAAGAACCUGGAGGCCACGGUAAAGGACUUCCAACUGCGUCUGGAUGAGGCGGAGCAGCUAGCUCUGAGAGGAGGAAAGAAGGAGCUCCAGAAGCUGGAGGCCCGGGUUCAGGAGUUGGAAAAUGAAUUGGAAGCGGAGCAGAAACGUGGCAGUGAAGCCAUGAGAGGAGUACGCAGAUAUGAGAGGAAGAUUAAAGAGUUGGCUUCUCAGGGCGAGGAAGAAAAGAAGAGCAUGGUGAGGCUUCAGGAUUUGGUCAGCAAGCUGCAGCUGAAAGUGAAAGCGUACAAGCGGCAGUGUGACCAGGCGGAGGAACAAAGCAACGUUCACGUAGCAAGGUUCCGCAAGCUGCAGCACCAACUGGAGGCGGCUGAAGAGCGAGCGGACGUCGCCGAGUCUCAGUUGAACAAACUACGAGUCAGGAGUCGGGACUUUGUUGGCAAAACGCAGUAGAAAUGUUCCGCUCAAGUAAACGCUAUUGUGGUAAUACUGCAUGUGAUACAUCCACAAGUAUCACAAUAUUAUUCCGUGUGUAGUUGGCAGUGAGGUACGACUGUACUGCAUCGUCCUGACGACUCUUGCUAAUCCAGUCAGACCUUUCCAGAUGAUUGCGCUCACCUCGGUUCUCGUGCGGUACGGUGCUGCGUGUAACGGUGUGUUGUGUUUGUGUUGGUACGAAUAAAAGAUGGAGACCAUCCUUAGUCAGCCAUCUUGGAUCACACCCAACCCAACCAAGUUAGUGUCAGCAAUAAUAAUAAUAAUCAGCAAUAACCCCCCCCCCCCCCACCCCCUUCAACAGGGUGAGGGGUCAUCUUCAGUCAA